CACACACACACACACACACACACACACACACACACACCCUGACGGGUUGUCAUGGUGGGCGGAUUGAUCAAACCAAGCUUAGCCACGUAGCACCAACCCACUCACUGGCUCAGGAGCCCACUGUGGGUGGGCAGUGGAGAGGAGAGCAGGAGAGGUGGCCUGCCUGCCUGGGUAAAGUGGCUCUGUUGCUCCUGCGCUAUUGUCUAUGGAGGGGCGCUGAGAGCCGGGCUGCAGCACGACAGCUCCUGACACACGUGGAGAGAGAGAGAGGACUGUCACUUCCACCACAGACGCAUGCGCUCACAUAAUGCGUAUUUCACACACACACACACACACACACACCAACCUUUAAUUCCAGUGAAAUUGCAGUUGAUCAGCUUCGAAAUUUCACAGCUCCACUUAAGUUUGUCAGACCCCCCCUCUUACUCCAGCAGCAGUGUCAUGGCUCUGGGGUGACGGGGGCAGGGACAGUCAUCAGCAUGUCUCACGUCAAGGUGCUGGCUGUGUUUGCAGCGCCUCUCUGCGCCCCUCCCCUGCCACUCGUGUGUGUGUUCUGAUCUGUAGGCAGCAAGAGGUCUGUGGUACUUUACUGGGAUCUGUUUUCUCUCUCUGUCUUUCCCCUCUGUUCUCUCGCUCUUUCUCUAACAUUGUUUUUUGCAUUGCAUGUUUUAACUGGCUAUCAUUCGGUGCUAGCUCUCUUGCUGUCCUAAUCACACCUUUUCCCCUCCCCCAUUUCUCCAAUGUCCUCUACCCCUGUCCCCCCCCCCCCCUUCCAAAUCCCUGGCCCUGAGAGAGAGAUGCAGUGGGCAGCCUCAGACACACAUACACACACACACAAGAGCAAACUCUAUUUUAAAAAAGCACCUGUGCACAAGCUGUUCUGGCCUCAAACUUGAGUUGGAAGAUUGAUUUCACACCGUGCCAUUUCACGUGAUGCCUUCCGGCCUUUUACCUUUGACUACUGAGACACUGCACCAAGUCAGGGUCAGCUACAUCACAGCAUUACUGGCAACAAUAUUCAGAGUCAAACCUCAGUCAGAUUAGAAGGAAAUGUACAUGCCCAGGGAUUUAUGACAGGUCAAAGGUCGUACAUCACCCUUUCAUGGUGCGGUAUGACUGCAGUAACACACUGACCCCUGCCCACCCUCCGUAUGUCAUCACGGGUGCUAACAGCCAUUUGGUGUCUCUCUGUUCUGGGUCCAGGUGCUGACAUCAUCAACAUGAGGUGGGUCUGACAGACUGUGACAGUGUACCAACUGCUUAAAGGCUAUGUUGUUGUUCACAUCCAUGUAUCAACAGAGCUGUAGGUGUCUUUGAAAUGAUCAACCUUGUCUAGGUGUUUUUGUUUCACUGCCAACCACACACACCACAACAACACACACACACACACACACACACACAGAGGGAGCCUGGAGGAACACACACAAUUAUACGCCACAGACUACUGUGCUGUUGCUCAGGCACCAGCUGUAUCUUUCCUCUGUUCCGUGCCGUGUUAGUGUUACACUCCCACCGCCUCCCCACCUUCAUUUGGGAAAAUGAACCCCUGGAAGAUUACCAAGGGAAAGGUCAUCUGCUGUCAGUCACUCGUCCCCUUUACAACCCUGACCCCGCCUAGGGCUCCAUCUCUAUUCAGCACCAGCUCCAACACUGCAGGAGGCAGACUGACGAGGUCAGUUAGAUGUUUUUAAGGUCAUUGAUGGUAAUGGUCCUGACCAAGUCUGUCCACCGGUUAAGUCACAACUCCUCAAGGUCAACUGAGCAGACCCAAGGUUAGGUAACAACUGCUCUCCAAUAUGGUGGUGCUAAGAGGGCAGGUCCUUGUUUGGAAGAUGUUCUAUUUGGCCUGAGUCCCUUGAGGCCCAUGCAGGGGCUGUUGUUUCCAUUUAGUCACACCUAUCUGAGCCUCAGCAGGGAGGAAUGUGAGCGUGCAAGGCAGACAGACAGAGCGCCAAGGACAGCAGAGCUGGAAAAAGAGCUUUACAAGGAAGAGGAGAGCUGCCCCCCUGCUCUGUCCAACAGACCCGGCUCCACAAGACUCCUGUAAAAACACACAUUCUACAGGGGGACAAGAGCGGGUGACGCCUGACUGCGACCCUCUGUUUUGUACUGUCACAGUUACUAGUCUCUCACUCUCACUCACUGAAACCUCACAGAGAUAAUCAUAUAAAAUAUGACCCAAGUUUUGGUUGAUAUUUUUUCUGACAUUUUCUGGUUAAGUGGAUUAGCGUGCUGUCUGUUCUGUAGGUUAAGGCCUCAGACAGUGAUGGUGCAGUAAUCCCUAUUUAAAAACCUCCCAUAUAAUGCAAGGAGCUUCUGAACCCCUCCGUAUGAGGCUCACACACAGUCAGCGUCUACUGCACACACACACACACACGUACACGCACACACACCAUCAGCAUCACAAGGUUUGAAGACCCACACACUCUGAGGUUCCUGGUAUGGUGCCCCCUGUAUACCUCUUCCUGCCUUUACCCCCCCCCCCCCCCCCCCCCUCCCAUGCACUGUGUCAAUGACAGCACAAUGCACAUUACCCUCCCUACCAACACUCUCAGUGUGGAUUUCUCUUGUUUGGAUAACAUUUUAUUUUUAUUUCUCCUAUAUUAACAGUAAUCAUUAAAUCAGUGAGUUUAUUGACAUGCCUAGUUACCACAUUUCUGUUUUGUGUACAGUGUUUUAUACAUUUUUUAGGGCAAAAUAAAGAUUUUAGCUCUUUUUUUUUUUAUAUAAGAAAAAGCUCUAAAACAAAUUGCAGUUGAAAGCGUUAGUGACUGGCCGGUUUCUUACAUUGUGUCACGUGUGACUGUUCUUUUGACAGCCCAGUAUUUUAAAGCCAGGUUCGUAUGGAAAUGCCUUCACUCCACUUGCAUUGCUGUUGGAACUCGCCGUCGUUGCUUUUCAUCGUCCGUCUGUCUGUGUUCUUCUUCAUUUAGUGCAUUCAUUCAUCUGUUGUUCAGCACACAGCCUGCGCCUCAUCUCCGCCCUCUCACUCUGCUCAGUCCAUUCUGAUUGGCUCAUUGAUCAGUCUCAGCCGUUUUGGACUGAAGUUUCUCCCCCACACCAGCCCCACCUGGUUUUCCUCAUUCUGAUUUACAGACACUGCUAGAGUUAUUUUGGGGGAGGGUUACAGACUAUUGGCUUACAUUUGAUUCCCCCCAUCAACUUACAUAACCCCUGAAAGGUGCUAUUAGAUCAACUACUCUCCUCAGCCAGUGCUUGUUUUUCUGUGUGGGUUAUUGCAGGCAGAUACAGCACCAUCCUGCUGCGGUGAGAACUAAAAGCAUCCCCAGUAUCUCUUUGUCAAUGGGAGCAGGGAAGAGCCCACUGCAGCACCAUCUGCAGUGCAGAGACGAGGCUGCAGAGGAUCAUGGGAGUUGUAGUCCUCCAGCCCCUCUUUUAUUUAUAUCUUCUCUGACUUGAUGUGUCUAGCAACCAGCAUGAACAUGUUUAUAUGGUGACACCAUGCUAGGUGAUGUAUAGCCCCAGUUAUUAUAAGUACACAUGCGAGCCCUCUCCCCAGAAUAUGAGGCCCAGUAUGAAUUCCUCUCUUAUCUGUGCUUGGAGCGGAAGAUCUGACCGGCACACAGACACAGCUCAUAUAUCCCUCAUUCCCAGGCUCUGUUCUACUGGGUCUUCCUGUCUGGAAAUAGACAUGGAGAAAAACACAACCAAACAGAGCUAGGAAGUGGUGCAGUUCAACUUUUCCCUGGGGUAAGGUAGGAAAACGCAUAUUUGUGUAUUUUAUCAGCAAGGCCCUAAAACAAGUGCUGUAUAUGAGGGAGAUUAUCAGUGUCUAUGGAGGGGAGUUGCCAUUUCAACAAUAUUUUGUGGCCCACUUAAAACAAACCAAUUAGGUAAUGACAUUUUAGUUAACGAUAAGCAAGCGGGGAGCGUUGACUUAGUUAUACAGGUUGGGGGGGGCACUAGUUUGGGUAGAAAUACCACAGGGACUCGAUAAAAUGGACUAAAAUCCAUGACUUGGACAAAGGCAGACGGGCAGAGAUGCAGCAUGUUCUGUGUGUGACAACCACUACCCCUUCCACAUGCACUAACCCAUACUGCCCCACACCACCACCCGUACAUCUCCAUCCACUUCCACUGCUUUCUCUCUGUCAAGACGAUCUACAAUGACCCAAUCCAACCAUCACCUCUGUGCUUGAGCCCAUCUCAGACUAACACCAUUGGUCCGUUGGCCCUCUGAUGACCCUGCCCUUCUGUAUAUGCAUCAUCAUAUACAGUCCAGUACUAACAUCGUCUCCUUUUUGUUCAACUCUAACAAAAAGAUGCAUGCUGUUUUACUGUUUGGUUUCAAUCCCUCCCACUUGGUUUUCUGUUUGUGAAAUUUGACAUCUACUCUCUUUGUGAUUAUAAAUAUCCUUUUUUUGGGGUUGGUUUGUAUGUUUUUGGUAGAGUGCAGCACCCUGGUGAAUGGUAGUAGAAAAGCUUGGAAUAGUUAUAAUCACAACUGAAACGCAACCUUUUAAAUGUUUUAUUUUUUUAUUUUUUACAAAUCUCAUUGUUUCUGUUUUCUUUGUGCUUGAUGAGUGCUGUAGCUUGUGGUGGUGCGACAGUCUUGCAUUUCACUUUUGUUUUACUGCCGUCCCAUAGCGUUAUAACAGUCUCAGUCACGCACCUGAUGUCUUCCUCUCUCCUACACAGUCAUACACACUCUCAACCCUGGGCCUUGUAAUGGUAACCCAAGGCCCUCUUAGCACUUUCUCUCUCUUUUUUCCCCCCUCUCUCGCUGUAUUUCUCUCGUGACAGCUGCAUAUCUUUCGUGGCGCUCCCCUCUGUCUUGGUUAUGGAAUCACAACAAGCUUGGGAGUUUCUGGUCCUCCUUUCUGUUAACGCAAAAUUUCCAUUCCUCGUUUUUGUUCCAUUUGUCUGUGUACGAUAGAUCUCGCUAUAUAGCGGUUCAUAUAUGUAUACGCGUGUGAUACAUAUAUUACCGUCUCCUCUUCCUCCCUCCCCUUCGUACCUCCCAGACAUCUGAUAUUCUCUGUGUUACAACAACGAGUAGAACAUGGGACGCUUCAUCCCCAGUUUGUAAGCUUUCAAGGUUUUAAUCACUUCAUGUUAGGGUAGGCUCCUUCUCUAAACCCUCAGUGUGGCCAUAAGGAUGUUAGUACAGAGACUACGCACUCCUUCCCUCCCUCCUCACCUCCCCCCUGUGCUGGAAGACACUGAUGUCACAUGGUGGUGGAGGUGGUGAUUGGUAGUAGUCCUGUAUGUGUUUGUGACCCGUGCCCACGGGAAAAGCUUUUCUUAUUAUUGGAAUGUUUUUGGUCUUUUUCUCCUCUGUUCUGUCUGCCAGGAUAACAUUGGGCACCGGCUGCUUCAGAAACAUGGCUGGAAGCUGGGGCAAGGACUGGGCAAAACCAUGCAGGGUAAGGUUUGUUGGAUUCCCUCUGUAUGUAUGUAUGUAUGUAUGUAUGUAUGUAUGUAUGUAUGUAUGUGUGUGUGUGUGGGUUUCUCCCACUCUACAAUUGACCUCAAUGUAACACCGCCCUUUACAACGUAGGCUAAUACUGGCCUCUCUCAGCUUUUCCUCUUGGCAUUAUAAACCACUAAACUAUUAUUUCACUUUUCACAAUCUGCUCACAAGUACCUACAGUGCUUUGAUUCCAAGUACGAAAAACCCAACCAAAAUCCAAUAAAAAUCAAGGUAGAUCCUAGUAACAAAAGAUUGCAUCACAUCCUGUAGAAUCACCAGCUCCAAGUCUCUUUAGAUUUGUGUUUUUCCCUUUGAGUGUCUGUGGCUGCCAUGGUUGGAGGUUCUGAUUGGCUGUGACCACGGCUCAGUCUUUUGAAUGGCUUUCAGAGUAGCCCCCCCCCCCCCCCAUCUGCCUGUAUUUACCUUCAAACCUGUGGAGUGAGUGUGUACUGUAUGUAUGCGUGCGGUUGUCAUAUGGGACUGAGACGUGUGUAUUUGGGUGUGUCAGUCACUGACGCGGGGGCCCUAGGGAAAACUUACAGGGAAAACCUCACUCCCCCCUCCUUCACCCAAAAUGUGUCUGCCCCUCCCUCCCAUGUCCACCAACGUCACACACACCCAUCAUCCCUCUCCUUUUGGCCUUCCUCCCCCUGCACAGCAUGCCUGUCCCAGAGGUUCAACCCUGCCUGCCUGGACUGUCAGUCAUCUGGGGAUUUAAGCAGUGCUCUGUAUAGGCUACCGUGCUACACUCAAAGAACCCUUCAUAUGCUCCAUGGAGUACUUCAAAUUCAGCCCUAAAUAAUAAUUUGACUGUUGUUUUCCUGUUGUUGCACACUUACAGUGCUAGACCAAGUCUCCUAAGCACUGCUCAAAGCCCUGUGGCCCCCCUUUUUCAGGUACAUUUCAUGUCUAUGUUCACCAUCCUGGGGGUAAGCAUGUCCCAAACUGAGCUUGCUGACCGUGGGACAGUGAGGCGAUUUGGGGGAAUCUAGGCUAACCAGGCUGACAAGACAAACAUCUGUCUGUGAGGCUGACAGAGGGGAGAAUGGUGGCUGUGUGUCGAGUGGUGUUCUGUUGUCAGGGGCAGCUGAUUGGUUGCAUGCUCGUAUCAAAUGAGGCAUGGUCAUUCCUCUUUACUGUACCAGAUGCGAUAGAUAGAUAUUUUAACACGCUACAUUUAAAGCAUGAUCUGUAGGACAGCCGGACAGGGAACCUCGCCCUGUUCUCCUGUUCCAAGUGGAUCUGUCCUCAGAUUCAGCUGUUUAAACAAUCAUCCCCUACCCUGAAGAACAGAGUCCAACUCAACUCCCCCAGAGCUCUUAUCUGAUGGGGAUGUUAUUGAAGCCAACUGCUGGCUCUAGCUGUCAUUCUUUGGGGUAGGGUGAAGGAAGAGUGAGGGGUGUUGGGAGUUACUUACCACAGAUAUGGGGCAUACAGGAGAGAGAGGAACAAGGGGUCCAGGCACUCAUGGAAUAUUGGGGUAGUAAGAGCCAGGAUUGGGGACUGGGACGGUGGGGGAGAGAGUGUGGUGGUGAGAGGAGAUCCCUGUAAGCACCCAGAGGGCCAAGGGUGAAGAGAGGAGAGGAGGGCUUUAAUCCCCCCCCCCCAACUCCCAUCCCCACCACAUUCGCCCUUCUCUAUGUGCCUCGAAUCUUCCUGCUUAACCAAUUGGUGUUUCUUUUUUACAGUGAUUUGAUCCUGCCCAUGUUGUGCUGAUGGUAAACUUAGUGGUAAAUGUUAUUUUUCCCCCCCGAUUGAAUUGUUUUUAUUUUGUUUCAUUUCUUUCCUCCCAUUUCUUUCAUUUGUUGUUUUCCCGUCAUCAGAGCACCAAUGCUACAUAGGCUUUCAAUUCUCUCUCAGUAUUAGUACUCAUUCUGCUGUUUGUAUAUUAUCAUGUAUAUACAUCUACAUUACUCUUAGAAACAUUCUCAUUUUGUUUGUUUUCAGUUUUUUUUAUUUUUUUUUACCUUGUGAUUCACACUGUGAUUUAGAUGCACACCUUUUUGUCCGGUCCCUUUGUUGUCCACUGGAAUGGGUAAUGCUGAAGGACGCACUGACCCUGUGCCCAUCAUCCUCAAAUAUGAUGUCAUGGGGAUGGGACGCAUGGAGAUGGAGUUGGACGUUGCCGAAGAUGCUACAGAGAAGAGGAAAGUGCUGGAGGUGGAGAAGGAAGUCACAGAGGAAUUACAGCAGAAAUACAAGGACCAGGUGGAAAAGGAGAAGGCCAUCGCCAAAGCCCUGGAAGACCUGCGGGCCAACUUUUACUGUGAGCUGUGUGAGAAACAGUACCAGAAGCACCAAGAGUUUGACAACCACAUCAACUCGUACGACCACGCUCAUAAGCAGAGGCUUAAGGAGCUGAAGCAGAGGGAGUUUGCGAGAAAUGUGUCAUCACGCUCCCGGAAGGGUGGGAAGAAGCAGGAGAAGCUGCUACGCAGGCUGCAUGUGCUGGCUGAGCAGAGGAAACAGCAGAACCGUACCCCGGGAAGUGGUCCCAUGUUCAAACCCACCACCGUGGCAGUAGAUGGGGAGAAGGGUGAAGAGGGGAGUGCUGUAACCCCCGAGUAUGUUCCCCCUACAGACACUGCCAUGGAGGGCUUGUCAGGGGAGGAGAAGAGCAGUGGGGGUCAGGCCUCCCCCAAACCAGCCCCCACCGUCAGCUUCUCCCUGGGGAAGAGCAGCUCAUCCCCGGCCGGGGCCUCCAAGGUCAGCGUGUCCUUCUCCUUCGCCAAGAAACCCCCAGUGAAGCUGGAGACUGUCGCAGCAGUGUUCGCUAAACUCCAUCAGGAUGACGAGGAGGAGGGGGGACAGGAGGAGGGAGGGGAGAAGGCCGCGGGACAGGAGGAGACCUCCGGCUGCAGCACCGAGAGCCCCAAGGGAGGAGGAGGAGGGGGGAAUGGAACUGCAGGGCCGGAGGAGGAGGAGGAGGAGCAGCAGGAGGAGCAACUAUAUCAAGAACAACCAGAGCAGCAGGAGGAAGAAGAUGAUGGCGCCUCCCUAGCCUCCACUCUCAACAAGCUGAAGAUGAUGAUGAAGAAGGAGGAAGGCUGGGCCGGCCAGGAGCCUGAAUACUACCACUACAUCCCACCAACCCACUGCAGAGUCAAACCCCGCUUCCAGUUCCUGGUGUUCAUGAAGGCCACAGACCAGUGUGAGAUCAGGGAGCAAGAAGAAGAUGAAGAGGUGGAAGAGAAGGAAGUGAAGAAGACCGAGAAGGUGGUAGUCGAGGUUUCUGAGCAGACACAGCCAAAAGCUACUGAGUGCAAAUCAGAGGAGCCAGAGAAGACUCCUGCAGCUCCAGUCACAGAGCCCACUCCCACAUCACCUAAACUGAAGACUGAAGAGGCCUCUGCCAGCUUAACAGACCCCCCACCCACAAUGGCCCCCACCCCAGUACCAGGCAGCAAGCAGGAGACCCCAGUCCCAGAGCCCAACUCGGGCCCCAAAAUCCCCACCGGCCCCUUCUUCCUGGUCCUGAGCAAAGACGAGAGCACCACUCUGCAGUGGCCCUCGGAGCUGCUGGACUUUACCAAGGCUCAGCCCGCCCUCUCUUACAGCUGCAACCCCCUGUACUUCGACUUCAAACUGUCCCGCAACAAAGGGGGACGAGCAGCCAAGUCCUCCAAGCCCGCUGGUGAAGGAGCUGAGAAAAAAACCAAUCCUGAGGCAGCUGCUGCAGUCAAUGAGGGGAAUGCUGCUGCUGCCACCACCACCACCACCACCCCUGGGCCCAGCACUGACAACACUGGUAAGGAGCAGCCCUCCUUAAAAAUAGAGGGUUCCCAAGGGGAGACUGAGGAACAAAAGCUACAGAGUAGCACAAGCGGAGCCAAGAAGAAGAAAAAGAAGAAGAAGAAGCAUAAGAAAUCUGGGAAAGGCUCCAAGCGCGAAGAAAAAGAGAAGGGAGCCAUAGUGGACGGGGACGCGGAAACUGAGAUCCUAGGAGAGAAAACCAAAAAGAAGAAAAAACACAAACGAAAGAAGAGCAAAAACAAAGGUGAGGAGGGGGAAGAAGGAGGUGGUGGUGAUAAGGAAAAGCCUAAAGAGGAUAAAGCAGUAGCCGCAACGGUUUCUAGUGCUCCCCCAGCACCAGCAGGAACAGGAUCUACUACAGGAGUGGAACCUGGGAAGAGGAAACGACCAGCCAAAGAAGCACUUCAGAAGUCCGGGGCAGAGGAAGGUGGGGCAGGGAAAGGUUCUGACGAGGCCAAGCCCUCUGAGGAGCACAACGGCACCAAGCGUCUGAAGACAGACCCCAGCGCCCCACCCAGCGCUUCCUGCUCCUCCUCGGCCCAGAAGAGCCCCGGGCCAGGCAGACCACCCAGCAGUGAGAGUGAGGAGGAGGAAGGAGGUGGAGGCUCAGCUUCCCGAUCCAGCCGCCGCAGGUCCACGCCCCGGGAGGGGCACCGGCACCAGAGCGAGGACUCCGGCCGCUCCCGAAGCCGCUCGUCGCGUCGGGGAGACGGGCGAGGGAGCAGCCGGCGGCGGCACCGCGGCCAGGCCUCCCGUAGCCAGUCAGACUCCAGCAGCUCGGAGCGCUCCUCGAGCGCCUACAGCCGGCGCAGCCGCAGCUACUCAGACAGUUACAGUGACGACAGUGACGGAGGCCGCCACCGGAGACACUCUAAACGCUCCUCUGACUCCGAGUACGAUCGACGGGGAAGCGGCGGGCGGCGGCGCUCCAGAAGACGUCACUAUUCUUCCUCGUCCUCGGAGGACUCUCGCUCCCGCUCACGCAGCCACAGCCGCAGGAAGAGGCACCAGCGGCGGCACCGGAGCAGCUCUCGGAGCUCUAGCAGCAGGAGCCGCAGCAGCAGCGCCAGGUCGUGGAGACGCAGCUACAGCCGCAGCCACAGCUCAGCCAGCCGCUCCUCCAGCUCUACUAAGGGCUCCCCUCACCGGGGUCGGGGAGGCCAGGGGGGCCACAGGGGCCGGGCAGACAGCGCUACACAACGCCGAGACUUCAACCGCUCCUGCAUCUACCGUUCCCAGUCCCCCCGCUCUGCCUCGUCACGAGCCCCAAACCGCAACAGCAGCUCCCAGAGCCAGAGGGCAGGGGGGUCCCGGGGAGAAGGAGGAGGAGACCAGAGGAACUCUUCCUCACACUUCACCGCCCGCCAGCUUCUGGAUAAGAUCCAGUCCAGGAAGGGAUCUGAUGUCCCAACCACAGGGACCAAGACUGGCGCCAAGAUCAAGGACCCACCAUCGGGCUACUUUGGGCCCAAACUGCCUCCAGCUCUGGGCAAUAAGUCCAUGCUGCCCCUGUUCGGUAAGCUGCAGGCAGGGAAGAAAUUCCCUGCGAUCCCCCUGACCCGGCCCGAUGGUGGAGAGAAGUCAUCAGCAGGGAAAGGUUCAGAUGCUGUGGCAGAGGUCAUCCUGAUGGAGCCCAUCCGGGAGUUCCCCCCACCGCCUCCCCCUCCACCAGCUCAUAAGAAGGUGGAGGAGACGGUAGUAGUUGUUCAGGAAGCCCGCCACCUCACCCUGGACGCACGGGUUCUUCAUGAGCCCCGUCCACUGUUCCAUCAGGAACCCUCCAUGCUGAUGCCCCCAUACCAGGGCGACCCGGGACAGGACCCCUCCCAGAACCCCAUGAUGGAGUCCCUCAUCCCCGACAUGCAUCAGCAGCCACCCCCCAUGCACGCCUACCCCAACUACCCCCCGCCCAGCCUGGAGGAUGAGGACAUGGGCGUGGAGGCAGAGGAGGACGAUCUGGCCCCGCUGGAGAGCCAGCCCAUCACCUUCACCCCAGAGGAGAUGGAGAAGUACGGCAAGCUGCAGCAGGCCGCCCAGCAGCACAUCCAGCAGCAGCUCCUGGCCAAGCACAUCAAGACCUUCCCCUCAGCCGCAGCAGCACAGGCUGCAGCGAACAUGGCUGCAGCAGCGAACCAUCUGCAGCCGGCACCCCCCCCUCCCCAGCAGCAGAUGAUCCAGAUCCACCAGCCUGCUGUGUCUGCAGCCUCGGCUACCUCCAUCACCACAGUACAACACCUCAUCCAGCAGCACCAUGCUGCUCAGGCUGCAGCCAUGGGCAUCCACCCACACGGACCCCACCCGCACCCCCAGUUAGCCCAGGUCCACCACAUCCCCCAGCACCACCUCACCCCCAUCUCCCUGUCUCACCUGGGACACUCUCUAGGCCACACUCUGGGCCACCAGUUGGGAGUGGGACACGCUGGACUGAUCCCUGCCCACCACACGGCCUUCCUCUCUGGCCAGCCCAUACACAUUAUCCCAGCCUCAGCACUUCAUCACCACAGCCCCUUAGCCCUCCACCACAUACCACACUCAUCCCUCUACCCAACGCUGUUCGCCCCCCGGCACUCUAACGCAGCUGCGGCAGCCGCACUGCAGCUCCACCCCUUCCUGCACCCCAUUUUCUCAGGGCAGGACCUCCAGCACCCCCCUAACCACGGCUCCUGAGGAAGACCUUCACUAGAGCCAUGUGUCCACAUCAGAGGAGGGUGUUUUGGCCAGAGCAGGCCUGGUUAAACAUGGAGAGAGGGAGAUGUAGUGGCACCAUUGUGCAGCAGAUGAUGAUGAGAAUAUCAUCAGACUGGCCACCAUUAGACCACUGGCCAGACAGAGGUGCUGUGAUAUGCUGCCUGUGCAGAGGUAAACAGCAGACAUUUACUGUGGGCACUUUGAUGGACCGCUCCUAACAGUUGACUGAGAUUCACCCUGAGGUUUCUGGACAGGGUGGAGGAGGGUUUGAGGCAACCUCAAAUCUAAGAUGUUUUGAAUGGGAACCCAGUUUUUAUUUUUUUAUUUUUAAAGCAGAAACCUCUGGAGUAAUUUAUUUUUUUUUGUCCCACAUUUUAUAACUGAUUGUCACUGUCAAUGUUCUUCUUUGUUUUUACAGCCAAAGAGACACAGUGGCUGAAGCCAUAAGCAGGAUGGUGUUGUGGGAAAGGAAAGGGGAGGUGAGGACAAGAGGGGGUUUAGGGUGACAUCCAUGACUGGAAACAGCCUUGACUUUGUAAUGUAAUCUGGUGGCUCUAGUCUACUGCCUGAAUUCUGUUGUCAUUAAUAUCUCAUUUUCUCACGACUACUUGCUCUCUUCAUGACCCGUAAUAUUCACCAACAAUUUGUAAUACAGUAUAGUGUACAUAGAUCACUGAGCAAUGUGAAGUAUCCCUCUAAUAUGAUGGGCAUUUAAGGGAUGUUCUUUAUUACUGACUAAUGAAAUGUUGCCCAUAAGGAAAUUAAAAUGGUCACUGGUGGGGGAACACCGAUAAGAGGUUGGGUGAAGCUCAAGUUUUAUUGGAGGUACUGUGGGGGGGGUCAUAGCCUCUUAGUGCUGUAGGGUUAAAGGUCAUGUUGUUCCAAGUGGUAGUGGUUGUAUAUCGAAAUGACUUGCACUGAAAUCUGUACAUCAAGAUGCUGCUUUCGCAUCAUGUAACAAAUGUAUGAUUGUAGUAUACUGCAAUAAUUAUUAUUUUUGUUUUAUUUCUAAAUUAUUUUCCAAAAUGCUCCUCAAAAAGAUGUUUUUCCUCUUGUGUAAUUUUUGCUCAAUGUAAAUAAAAUUGUUUGUAGUUAACCCCACUAACAUUCUAGGGGUUUGUUGCUACUGUAAAAAAUAAAUAAAAGAACUGAAGGAAUGAAGAUGGACAAGAAUACUUUAGAGGCAUUUUCUGAACUAUUAUCCUGUAUGGGGAGGAUUGGGUAAUGGCACUGCCUUGUAAGUGGCAGCAAUGGUAUGUCUUUUUUAAAUAUAAUGCGUCAGCAAAUAAAGAGUUUUGAGUUGCU